GUGGAACACUCCUCCAAGCUUUAUUUGGACGUGGCCGCAACAGCCGGUGAUGUGGCCUGCCUCGUGACGGAUGGUGUUGCAGGGAGAGAGGCCAAGCUGCUGCCCAUUCUGGGCCUUCUUGAGAAAGCGCGGCGAGAAGAGGCUUUCCCAGCAGAGCUGCUACAACGAGGACUGGCAGUGAGCAUCGAGCUUGCGCAGGCUUCCCAGGAUCAGGACAAGAUACGGAUCUUGAAUAGCAUCGCUUGUCCUCGGGCAGUGACGCGGAUCCUGGAUGAGCUCCCACCGGAGAAUCACGCUAGCUACAGCGUGGUGAACCGAGCGCUUGCAAGCCACUUUGCGGUGAGCGGCCUCUACGCAUGCCAUGCUCAGAACCGGGAUGCAAGUGCGCUCUUGGCUGCACUCUGUGCAGACACCGAGCGCUUGACAGUGCAGCUCUCACUCACUGGCUGCAAGCACUUCAGAGAUGCAGAGCAGCGAGCUCUGAUGGCUCACCUGCCGACAGCACUUCAGAGCCUUCGCCUGGAUCUUGGCCACACAGGGCUUGAAAGUUUCCAAGCCAAUGAGGGCCUUUGCCCGCAGCUGCGGAUCCUGCAGCUUCGAUUCUCGGGACCAUACCUGAGAGAAGCCAAAGGCAUAGCGCCUCUACUUGGGGCCCCAACCCUGCGCGAUCUGGAGCUCUGGUUUACAAGCCUUCCCCUGCUUGAAGACCUCCAUUUCACCGAAGCCCUGCUAAAACUCCACUUGGAGACCUUAUCUCUCGACGUCCAAGGCUGUCCCAAGGUACCCUUGACUUCCAAGCAAGCAUUGCACAGCGCCGGGCGAAAGCUCCAGAGACAUGACAGCGAGCUGCAGAUGUGGCUUUGCAUCGAGGAUGUAGCUUCGUGGAUGCAGCAGCUGCGGACGGCAAUCGAGUCCAAGGUGCCAGAGAAGUGUGCCCGAAAGCUGAUCGGCUGCCGAGGCUCUUCAAAACCCAGCGCGCGGCGAAGCACGGUCCAGAUGGAGAUGCACAAGAUCCAUGAUCGGGGCUUGCCAUUUCCCUGCAGCCACGUGGGCUGCCCGCGAUUCCACGAAAACUUGACUGGGUAUUGUGACGAGCACUACUUCUGCAGACUCUGGCGGGGCUUCUUAGACAACUUCCAAGAGGCCCGCCGAUACUUCGAGCUGGCGUUGAUUUUCUUUGUGCAGGCAGCGGCCGACAUCGACUCCAAAGGUCUGCUGCUGCUCAUCCUGCUCUCCCUGUAUCCAGUUCUGGUCUUCGGCCUGGCGGACGUGAGCGGCUUCUCCGUCUCCUCGCUCUCUGCACUGUUGCUGGCUCUGCUUGUCGCCUCCUUCUCCUACGCCAGCUUCCGCUUUGACCAAAUGCAACGCGCCACGCUGGAGUUGUCUCUGUCGCUGGAGGGCUUCUACUCGCAGGUGCUGGGGGAGGACGAGUGCAUACGCCACGCCUCGCUGGUUUUCGGUGUGGCUGGGGACAGCUAUCCUAGCGUUGACGAGGUGCGGCAGGAGACGGGUGACCUGAAGACCAACUUCCUGCGCGCGCAGCAGCACCUUCCCAGCUUCCAGAAAGCGGUGCAGAAAGUUGUGAGGGCUGUGGGCGCAGAAGACAUGGAAGCACAGAUCAAGUGCGGAGACGAGUCUUUUCUCGUCUCUGAUGGGUGUGAAGGGGCAGUGGACGUCCUGCACUGCGACAUCUAUUGCAACGACCUCCGGCACGUGCGGCAGACAUGGAAUGAGCUUAGCAGGUGCUUCCACAGCGAGGAGGAGCCCAUCUACAUCGUUGCCUUACGAGAUGGCUUCGCAGAAGAGGACAGUCAGCGCAGGUGCUGUGAAGUCGUCCUUGGUAUCGAGGGCUAUCUUGCCACCGUGCGGCUCUUGGAGAAGUCGUUGGCCAAGGCAGAACAGAAGCUUGCAGGCCUCUGCCGCGUUGCGAAGAAGUUUGGCCUUCUGGUCGAGUCCCGGCCUCGCACCGGGGGCCAGGAUCGAAAAGGCCAGGCCAAGGCUGCAAAGAGUUCGGCCAGGCGGCCCUCCGUUUUCCUUACCGUCACCUUGGGCCUGGUAAGAGUCACGGCUCUUCUCUGCAGCGCCUACUUUGCAGCGCAGUAUUUCCUUCGCCAUGCGCCGCCAAACCUGCGCGAGACUCUGCCAGAACCCCUCCGUGAAUUCCUGAGCCUCCACGUGUCCAUGGACGAGGAGGACAGGUCCUGGUUCGACGUCGUUAGCCUGGCGCUUCCCUACGUCGUGCUCAUCUUGGUGUUCAGUCACGACCUUGCCCGGUGCCGUCGCCAAAGGUCACGGAGGCUGAAGCCUUCGCAGAUCAUCUUUGAGAGACACUUUGGAGUUCAUGGCAACUGUUACGUGAUCAAGGUCGCGCUGAUGCAAGUACUGACUGUGCUCCUGCAAGCCUUCGGCAAGGUGCAGCUCCUUGGAGGUACCGUCGCCUUCGGGAUGUACCAGGAUGUCCCUGCAGCUCAAGUGCUGAAGAAGCUCUUUUGGAUCUUCUGGGCACUCCUGGCAUUGAACAGCAUCUACCCGAGCUUUCUCUUUGCGCGGCCCGAUCUUCGAUGCUGUCGCUAUGGUGCCGCAGUCAUGGAUGUCGUGCUGGACCUGGGGUACAGCAUUACCUACUUGUGUAUGGUGGUGACCGCCAUGUCCGAGCUCACGUUGGAGACAAGCGUGAGUGGCAACUUCGGAGAUGCGGCGGAGCUGGGCUUCAGAAACAGCAUCAGCCCCGCCUUUGCCUUCCCGGCGGACAUCCUGCCAUACAUGGCCGUGUACAUGAGCCUGGCGCAUAUCUGCU